AUGUCUUCCAGUUCAUCGCCCGAUACGCAGGGUAGCAGUCUUGCGGACCCGACCUCGGUAUCUACAUCCACGCCGAAUAACAAGGAAACCACGACAGCCCCGAACGAUGUCGAGCUCAAGAGCAUGCGGCCUGAUGCGCCCAAGGGCUCAAUCCCGUUGGGGGAGGAUAUCAUGCAGCUGGCUAGGAUGGGCGAGAUCCCCGCGAUGCAGAACCUGCUUGCGACCAAGAAUUUGACAGUGAAUCAUCACGACGAGGAAGGCAUCACGCCGUUACAUUGGGCGGCGAUCAACAACCAGUACGCGAUGUGCAAAUUCCUGCUCGACUCCGGCGCCGAUGUCAACGCCAAGGGCGGCGAGUCAGUGGCCACGCCGGCCAUGUGGGCGGCGCAACGGUGUCACUACUAUAUUGUGAACUUGCUACUUUCCUACGGCGCGGACCCGCUCCUGACCGACGUGCAAGGGUACAACAUCCUGCACUUGGCGACGAUCGACGGCAACGCCUUCCUCGUCCUCCUGCUACUGCACCAAGAGAUUCCUGUGGACGUGGUUGACCAGCAGGGCCACACGGGUCUGAUGUGGGCUGCUUACAAGGGGUAUCCGGCGUGCGUGGAUCUAUUCCUGCGCUGGGGCGCUAAUGCCAACGCCGUGGAUGAGGGUGGCUUGACGCCGCUGCACUGGGCGUUGGUUAAGGGCUCGCUACCGAGUGUUCUGAAGCUGCUGGAGUACGGCGCGGACCGGUUUGCGGAGACCCGCGAUGGCAAGUCGCCCAGCACGGUGGCGCAGGAAAUGAACACUUCGCGCAUCUGGCUCCGGGCUCUCGCUGAGCGCGGCUACGAACCGGAUGGCACCCAAAAGGCGGUGCCGAUGGGUUUAUCGGGGUAUGUCCGGAAUAAGAGCGUCAUGGGCAAGUUUUUCUUCCUUUGGCCGUUCUUGACUCUCCUGGUUGCCAUCUGGAUGCUGAGCCACUUGCCGAUCUUCCUUGGUGUUCCGCUCACUCUGGCAACCCUAUUUGGUAUGCAAUACUUUGCGCAGCAAGUAGCGAACCGUGGACCUUCGGAGUAUCGCGUUUUGCAGAAGACGCCCUAUCUGGCUGGUGUUUUUGCAGCGACGUUGUUCUGGGUUGGAUUCCGUUACGUUUUCAACGUGCUACCAGCUACCUAUUCCUCGGCUCCGAUCCUGAAUAUCCUAUUCGCGGCUUUCUUCAGUUUGACUGGCUACUUCUACACCAUGGCUAUGAUUGAAGACCCAGGCUAUGUACCGAAGAUCAGCAGCCGAAUCCAGCAGCGGGAAACGGUCAAGCAACUGUUUGAACUGUGGAAGUUUGACGAAGAGAACUUUUGUGUUCCUUGCAUGUCGAGGAAGCCCCUCCGUAGCAAGCACUGCCGCCGUUGCGGCCGCUGUGUUGCGAAGCAUGACCACCACUGCCCUUGGAUUGACAACUGCGUCGGAGCGAACAAUCUGCGCCACUUUGUCCUCUAUAUUGUCUGCCUCGAAGUCGGUAUCAUUCUCUUUGUGCAGCUUACCAUUGGCUACAUCCAAGGCCUGCCCCCCGUCGCAAAUGCCAAGUGCAACAUCAUCAAUGACACCCUGUGCGACGUCGUGACUCGCGAUAGCUUCACUCUAGUCCUCGAUGUCUGGGUCAUCCUCCAGCUGGUCUGGGUCACGAUGCUGUGCGCGGUCCAGCUCGUUCAAGUCUCUCGCAACCAGACGACCUACGAGAACAUGCGCGGCCACCACAUCGACCGGUCCUACCCUAGCUCGCAAGCCUUCGCCUCCGCCAUGACCGCGGGAACAACCUCGCUUGCAGGUGCCGGCCUCUCCGCGUCCGGUGCCGGGCCAAACCCGGCCCUGGCCCGGCCCCCUCCCCGCCGGCGCCACGGCUGCCUCUCGCAGUGGUCCUCUCUGCUGGGUAUCGACACAUUCUUCGCGACGGCCCGACACGGCCUCCGCGACGGGCCGCAGGCCGCACAGCCGCGCAAUUCAUUCUCCCGCGGCGUGGCCACGAACUGCCGCGACUUUUGGUGUGACCCAGCGCCACUCUUCGGCAAGCGCGCGACGGGCUCAGCUAUGCUGGGCGGCGAGAUGGUGAAUUAUCACGACAUGUACGAGACCCCGAUGCGCAUGCGUGUGGGCGGUCGGUCGGCCGAGGGGGGCACGUAUCGCAGCGUGGCGGGCGAAGAUCCCGAGCAAAUGGUUUGA